UGCGCGACUUUAUAAGCUCGAGGAGCCGUUCUCUGAGCCAGACUGUCCGGCGAGAUGCUGCCUUGGAGAAGAAGUAAGUUCGUGCUCGUGGGCGAUGAGGACAAAGGGAAGCAGAAGAGCCUUGCUUCUGGCUUCUUGUACAACACCCUUAUCUCAUCUUUUGUUCGCUCAUGUCCGGAUUUGCUGCCAGACUACCCGCUAGAGCGACUGGGCAGUGUCUUUAGAAGCAAGCGGCACAAAGUGGAGAUCAAUAAGGAUGACCCAACCUACACUGUUCGCUAUCUGGGCAACGCCGUGACCCUGAUGGCUAAGGGUGAGGGCUGUACAGACGAGGCGGUUUGUAAGAUAUGGGUAAAAAGCGAGUACGGCGGCCAGAGCAGCAAGAUGAAACUGACCCUGGGUCCGCAAGGCAUCCGCAUGAGCCCGACAGACUCGAGCUCCAAGAAAGCCGGUCACUUCUACCUUUUGCACCGUAUCACGUAUUGCGCUGCCGAUCCACGCAGACCCAAAAUCUUCGCCUGGGUGUAUCGGCAUCAAGUCAAAAACAAGGCGGUGGUGUUACGUUGCCACGCCGUGCUGCUGUCCAGGGCGGACAAAGCUCGUGCCAUGGCGAACACUCUCUACCAGACAUCUACAGCGGCCUUCAACGAAUUUAAGCGACUGAAGAGGCAAAACGACUUCCGACGCAGGCAACAGCAACUCUUAGGAGAAGACAUCGUGCCAUUGGAGCCCCUCCGGAAACUUCUCAAAAGUCAGUGCUCUUACCGACCGCCGGCGGAGAGAAGCCGAGGGGCAGCUAGACUUAGCGCUAUAGCCGAGGAAGAGGAGGAGGACGAGGAAGAGAAGCGGGACGAAGCGACUCUCGUGCUGCGAGAGCUGGACAUCUGCCCCUGCUGUCGUAAGAAAGAAGGCGAGUUACACAAAAUAGUGUCCGAACUGAAGGAGUGCACCCUGAGCAGCAAUCUGAGCAGUGUAGAGAGGCACCACAGUGUGAGCAAACGGCGGUGAGGACAGUGAGACCGUAGACAAAGGGCUGCUAGGAUCUUCAAAACCAGGGGCAUAAUGCUGUCACUGAGCUGCUACAGACAGCAAGAGAUGGGACUUCGAGCUGUCAGUGACUGCAGGACAUGAUACACAGUGAAGCCCACUGAUAGCACGAUCUGAUACUCGGAGCUUCCAGUGAUACUUCAAUCAGGAUCAGAAUGCUGCCUAGGGUCUGUGGGACCCAAAGCACAGAGCUGCUGCUGAUUGAGAGAAGACACUUACAAUUAUCAGUCUUGAGACCCAGAGCUUCCACUUCCCUUGGGAAAAGAACAUGUUGCUAGGUUUAGCUGGACUAAAAAAAAAAUACCUGCUAACUUUGGAUGGACAUGGAAAAGAGAGGCAGCCUUGUGACAUAAAGCUUUGAGAGCAGAAUAUCUGGGAAGAAGAACAGAGCUGCUUGUGAUAGGUUGACUUUGGGUAAAGGGUUGUCAUCAAGUGUGAUUGUUGGAGAUAGAGCUGCAAAAGAGAUGAAGAGCUGCUGGUAUCAAUUGGGUAUGAAACACGUCAACUACUGCCAGCUGGGCACGUAACACAGAGCUGCUGUCACUUAGGUCUUAGCCGCAAGCAUCAUGUGUAAAGAAAUUAAAUUGUCCGUAACAUAAUAAAAAUUGUUUGGGAGGCAUCUGGAAAGCCUAAAGUGCAGUAUAAUCUCAGUCAGUACAAUUUUAUGAAAGGUGGGUUUAUUUUGGCUAUGGGAGUAAAUCAUGAAAUUGAAGGGAACAAAAAUGAAAAAGCGACUAAAAAAAUGGGUGAUAAGAGUUUUACAGUAUAUAUAUGAUAAUUGUCUCCAGGGACAAAAAAAAUGUAUUCUUUGGAGGGUACCUGGCGUAAUAGAGCUCCACCGGAGGUGGUGGUCAAACAAGUGCACAAAUGUUAAUGGAAAUAAUUUACAUUUGUAGCUAAUUACAUGUAAGUGGACCUGUAAAACGGAGAUCCUGUUCUCUCAAAGUGCACUUUUCAAAAUAAAAUCAUCUUUUCAUCUUGUCUAUGGAAAUUCAUAAUAGGCUCUUUACAAAAUAAUAUGCAGUUUUUGUAAAACCUAAUAGUGUAGGCAUUUAGUACAAGUGCUCUUGUGUUAUUCUGUGAGCAGUCACUACAUUUAUGAUAAAAGUCCCUCAGGUGGACCUACUUUUUGGAAAGCCAUAUCGCUGAUGCUGCUUCAUGUUAAUCAGCCUGUGGAGCGGUCAGAUGCGGAUUUCUUUGCAGUUAAAAGCCAAUUUUGUUGGAGGACAAAGCACAUUUGGAAGGUUUUGGUAUGCAAUCUGUCCAGCUGUGUAUAUUACACUAGUGAGUUUCUUGCACUGUAAAUGCAGCCUGCAUUUGCCAAAAAAUACAACAAAAUAAAUUGCUGCUGUUUGUUUUUGUAAAGUAGGACCUGUUUUUAAAAGUUCUAUUUUUAAAAUGAUUCUUAAACAGAGCACUCUGUUUAUGAGGUUGUUUGGCUUUCAGUGGUGGACACCAUUGAUGUAUGUCCUCUUUUAAUGAUGUUUCUGUUAUUGUACUUAUUUGUCUUGGACGCUGCAGUGACUGUUUUGGAGCUCUCCAUAGCUUCUCACUGCGGACUUGACCAUGGUGGCAACUCUCAGAUGUCAUGGGCCAGGUAUGUUUUAAAAUCCCAUCCCCUAAAUGCAAGUAAAGUAGGAGCCAUAAGGGUGAUGUACGCAGAGACCAUCACCCAGUCUAUGUUACUGGAGUGACAAAAAAGCAAGUUGGCCAGGCCUGAAUCAAGUCAGGGGGGCUUCAGAUCUGCUCUAAAAAUUAAAGAGCAAUUGUAUCUGCAUUUGAAAUGUUUAUUAAACAUAAUUAAAACAUUAACAUCAGAGUGUUCUUGUUUUUUGUCUGGUCUAGAAUCAUGCUUAUGUACUAACGUUUAUAUUAAAAAAGUAGGAAUGCAAUAGUCGUAGUGUUUCUGGGGUGUCAUUUGUUAAUUAGCAAGAACCAUUUAAU